UCUACUUAAUUCCAUAUAACUCACUUACAACUACAUAUACAGUGAUGAUGAAGCCCUUGCUGAAGCUCCAAAAGUAAACAAAUCAAAGGCAUGGGCGCAUGGGCACGCAUGGACGAUUAAAUCCUUGUUACGAACCCUGCAUAAUUAUGUCAAUGAUUAAGUGGCGCCCACUGCCAUGCGUAUGGGACUGUUCCGAGCACAACUCAAAUAUAAAAUAAUGGAUCCUCAAGAUCCAACUACCUACCAUGAUACUGGCUGGCUGUGGCUGAGCUCCAAUUCUAAUCAACCAUGGCGGAGGAAACAAAUCCCAGCCGUUGGAUCGAUCCAAAGAGCGGCUACUGUCCACAAACCAAGACUUUCCACACUCUCCGACCUCCAGUCCCACUCCCGCCUCUCUCCCAACCCCUCUCCGUCAUCCAUUUCGCUCUCUCCCUCCUCCAAUCCUCUGCUGCCGCGCCCACCACAACCGUCUUCAUCGACGCCGCCUCCGGCCGCCAUGUGUCUUACGACAACUUCAUCGGUCAAGUCCACUCCCUCACUCUCUCCCUCCAGUCCCUUGCCCCCGCUCUCUCCAAAGGCCACGUGGCGUUCAUUCUCUCGCCUACUUCCCUCCACGUCCCCGUGCUCUAUUUCUCCCUCCUCGCCUUAGGCGUCGUCGUUUCACCCGCUAAUCCAAUCGGGUCCGAGUCCGAGAUUGCCCACCAGGUCCGACUCACCCGACCCGCCAUAGCUUUCGCUACGUCAGCAACCGCUCACAAGCUCCCCAGGGAUGAGCUCCGCACUAUAAUCCUCCUGGACUCACCCGAGUUCCUGUCCAUGCUCAAUGGCAUCAGAUCAUCCGACACCCGACCCGACUUCGGAAUCGAGGUCAGCCAAACCGACUCGAUGGCGAUUCUCUUCUCAUCCGGCACCACCGGACGAGUCAAAGGCGUUCUCUUGACUCACCGCAACUUCAUCGCCCAACUAGCCGGCGUCCACGCGCUGCGACGCAAACCCGACCCGACCCUACCCGAUGAGCAAACCGUCUCGUUGUUCAUGCUGCCUCUGUUCCACGUGUACGGGUUCUUCAUGCUGGUUCUGGCAGUGACGAUGGCCGAGACCUUGGUUUUAAGGGAGAGGUUCGAUUUCGAAGCGAUGCUGAGGGCCGUGGAGAGGUACAAGGUGAGCUACAUGCCGGUGUCGCCGCCGCUGAUCGUGUCUCUGGCGAAGUCCGAGCUGUCUCAGAAAUACGAUCUCAGCUCGCUUCGGCGUAUCGGCUGUGGCGGCGCGCCUCUGGGGAACGAGGUUGUUGAGAGAUUCACUGAGAAAUUUCCCAAUGUGGAAAUUGUGCAGGGAUACGGUUUGACCGAAGGGGGAGGGGUUACGAGGAUGAUAGGCCCGGAGGAGUCAAAACGGUACGCUUCUGUGGGCCGCUUAGCCGAAAAUAUGGAAGCCAAGAUUGUUGACCCCGAAACCAGAGAGGCCUUACCUCCUGGCCGGAGGGGCGAGCUGUGGCUGCGAAGUCCAACAGUCAUGAAAGGUUAUGUAGGAGAUGACAAGGCAACUGCAGAGACCUUGCACUCAGACGGGUGGUUGAAGACGGGUGAUCUUUGUUUCUUUGAUGACGAGGGGUUCCUUUACAUUGUUGACAGGUUGAAGGAGUUGAUCAAGUACAAGGCCUAUCAGGUACCCCCAGCUGAGUUGGAGCCUAUACUUCAAUCCCAUCCUGACAUUGCUGACGCUGCUGUGAUUCCGUAUCCCGAUGAAGAAGCAGGGCAGAUUCCCAUGGCCUAUGUAGUUAGAAAGCCUGGAAGCAAUAUCAAUGAGGCUGCAGUUAUGGAUUUUGUUGCAAAACAAGUUGCACCCUACAAGAAGAUUCGACGUGUAUCGUUUAUCAACUCGAUUCCGAAAUCUCCAGCAGGAAAGAUCUUGAGGAGGGAGCUCAUUAGUCAUGCUCUAUCUAGCCGUUCAUCUAACUUAUGAUUUACUAAUUCAAACCAAGGAAGAAAGCUUGCCGAGCAUUGCAUUCCAAUUCAACAUAUCAACUUGUUUAUGUUCUUUAGCAUGUAAACACGCAAUCUUGGAAGUCACAGUUGGAUAUUUUUCUGAUCAGAUCCUUGUGUUUCGUUUCUUUUUCCCCUGUCCACAUUAUUUGGGUUACUUGUAUAUCUAGAACAUUUUUCUGUGAGAUAGUUUGAAAUUCAUCCGUUGACGCUCAAAAAUGGUUCGGUACUUUUGAGCCCAACUUAGUGAUGUUUAGGCCUUCGGCAGCGUUUUGGGCCUCGGUGGAGCGAACGAUCUGCAAGAUAAACAUUCGGUAAGACCUCUGGCAUCGGUGUGAUACUGUCCGAAGGUUCUCCGAUACUUAAGUAAGUACGGAAUGAAUAGUAAUAUGGACAAAAUAAUAGCUAAGUAUGUCAAAAGUUCCAGUUACAUUUAUUUUGGGAUUUGCGCCCCUUUUUGUA